UUUCCCUCUGUUCCGUUGUCACCAUUUUCACACAAAAAAAAAUCGUCAGUGAGUUGAUGAUAGCUAUGUACCAUGCUAGUUACCUUUACUGUUAGAUUUCUGCUUAUCGUACAUAUUUGGUAACAUUCCGGCAUGGACAAACGAGUCAAGAAGAGUACAGCCAGUACUGGUCCCCCACUUCCUCUCUCCUCUUUGCGACUAUUGGUUUCUCCUCUGCGGCUGAUGUAUUCCUUUGUAUGGCAUGUGGUGAAUCAACGAAAUGUGAUGCAUUAUGGGAAGGUCGAGGAAUUUGUAACUGUGGUGACUGAAGCUGUUCCAAAGUUGCUGAGUUACAAACAGAGGGCUCAACUCAUCCUGGGCCUGAGAGCAAGGAUGAUCUUGGAGUUGUUCCGCAAGGACCCACCCAACCUUCAGGACAUCCAACGUCUCCUGGAAAAGAUGAACAUCUUGGGGCAGCAAGAUGCAGAAGUGGAGGAGUCGCAGGCUAACUUUGUGGCGCUGGUCCAAACCCUGCUGAAAAACCCUUAUGAGAGGAAGCACUUCUUCCAGGAGGAGUUCCAUACACAGUAUGGCUCCAAGUAUGACACAGCACUGCAGGCCCUUGUGGGAGGCUUGGUCCUCAGACUGGAACGGCUGCUAUCUGUGCCAGAUCUCUCCCAGAUAGCGUCCAUUAUCAGUGCUGCCCCCUCUGACCUGGAGGAGUGUGGACAGUCUGUGUCUGACCCUGAGCACCUGAAGAUCCUCCUCCAGCACCAGAACCUGCUAAAUAAGAUUCAGUUGGUACCUGUCACGUCCUCUGUAGGGGACUGUGUGCUGUCCUCCCUGUCCUUCCGCUUAACCUGUGGAAUGCAGUCCAUGCAGACAGAUUUUUACGAACCAGCGGAAUCAUUAGAAGCCGCUCUAAGCAUCAUGAGCCCUGCCUCCUUCAGUGACUUGGAGGAUCUGGGAAUGGUGCCAGUUGAAUCGGACCAUGCUGGAGCAGUAACUACUGUGGAGAGAGAAGAGCAGAAUGCCAGGGAUAACGGAGGUCGCGUGAAAAAUUCAGCAGUCGACAGUGAAGAAGACAAUGCACUGUCAAAGAACGACAUAGUCUCACCUACUCCUCAAAGUGUAAGCAGGCCAGUGGGAGGGGCACCAACAGUAGAGAGCAUGCUGCCAACAGAGAGACACAAGGAGCUUGCAACACUGAUGAAUACUUUCAUCGCUGAUGCCUCUCCUUCACAUAUUGUCACCCCUGCCACAGUCACCAAUGGGAACCAGCCAGAUAACCAGCCGGUCGGGCUAGCGAGUGUCCACCAGUGGGUCUCCCACAUUGCAAGUAACUCGAUUUUGCUCCCUUCCUUGCCACCCCUUCCUCAAAACAAUGAUGUAGACAAGGGGAUCUGGUCAGGUGACACGUGUCUUGGAAGCAGUGUGGAAAUUGGGGGUCAGGAAGCAGAAGCCAAUCUCUUUGAGAAGGCUGUUCUCCGAAGGAGACUGCCCAAGCCACAAAGAAUAACGGUACCCUCGAAGAGGAAAAUCCCUGAGGCAACCAUCAUUUGCCAGGAGUGUGGGAAGAGUUUUGUCUAUCCGUCUCAGCUGGAAAAUCACCUCCGCAUUCACACAGGAGAGAAACCUUUCAAGUGCACUGAGUGUGGCAGGGCCUUCAGGUCCUUAGGAGGCAUGACCACUCAUAUGAAAAAUCACUCUGAAGCGCGGCCAUUUAAGUGUGAAAAGUGUGACAAGGGCUUUCGGAAAAAGGCUGACCUGAAGAAUCAUCAGCUCAUCCACACGGGUGCGAAACCACAUAAAUGCACCAUCUGUGGAAAGGGCUUCAGCCAAGCAUUCUAUUGCAGAAUACACAUCCAGUCUCAUGCAAGUGAAAAUAACUUUCCCUGCACUCAUUGUCCAAAGAGAUUCCCAACCCAAUACAAGCUGUCUGUCCACGAGCGCUGGCACACCAUGGAGCGCCCGUUCAUCUGUGAGCAGUGUGGGAUGCGCUUCUUUCAUCCCAGUGGGCUGAAGAGGCACAUGGGCUAUCACAUUGGGAACCGCCCGUUCCUGUGUGCCCAGUGUGGAAAGACUUUUGUUUAUGAGUUUGACCUGAAGAAACACCAAAGGGACCAUGGCCCCAAGCCCAAGAUCCCAUGCCCUGUCUGUCAGAAGGUGUUUGGCAGCAACGGACUCAUUAAGGCCCACAUGUUUACACACACCUCUGUAAAACCUUACAGAUGUGACAUAUGUGACAAGACCUUUAAACAGAGCAGCAGCUUGAGCAGUCACAAACGUCUGCACACGGGUGAACGCCCUUACCACUGCGACAUUUGUGGGAAGACAUACAAGCUAAAUCAGCACCUGAAGGAGCACAUAAUUGUCCACCACACGGCGGAGGGGCACCCCUGUGACCAGUGUGGAAAGGUCUUCAAGUUACCACGUCUUCUGAAGGCGCAUGAGCGGUUGCACUCAGGAGAGCGAUCUGAACAGACAAGGAAAUACAGUCACACCAGCCGUCGCAGGAGAAAUUCCUCCAAAAUGAGUUGAUUUACUGCACAGUGGCUGCCUUCCAUAGACAUCGACUGGAACGCUAGUUUUAUUAUCCUGACAAAUUGCCAUUAGCUGAAAUAAUAUUUCUAAUUUUUUGUGGUAGACUUUAGAUUUUGGACCAGAAUUCAGGAUUCCCUUAAUAGACUGAACAUUGAAAAAUAGUAUAAUGUCUGGCUUAGUUAAUGCAGCAACAAACGUAUCUCCUGUUAGAUAACAAUUAAUGAUUGUGUCAUUAAAACAUAUUUGUUUCUGAUGCUUUUCGGAUAGGUUGUUGAAAUUCCAAUGACAUAAGAUGUAAAUUGACAGCUACUCACACAUCUCUUUUUGAGAGUAGUCGAUGAUUGCAGGGAGCCUUUACAAAAAAUAUGCACAACAUUUGGUGUUGGAUAAAGGCAAAUAAAGUCAACAUUGUGUGCCACAA